UGGUCACUUUUGUUAUGACAUUGUUGAUGGUGGGCAAUGAGAAAAUUGUGGGAAACUAUCUUUCAAAGUCUUGAAUUUUCCUCUUCAUAUCUACAAAGCCUAAGGACCCCCACACCAUUUAGGAGGCUUUAGCUUGAAAAAAAGCAUUUCUUGAUUGCCUCCCUUCUUCUUCCUAGAUAAAAAUUGAAUCUUUUUUCUUUGUUAUUUUGCACACACCCUUUUGGGGGUUUAAUCGUUUGAUGAAAUUCUUGUUUUAAAGAUUGUUGUUUCUGUUUUCUUGAAGAAGGGAGGUUGUUUUUUUUUUUUUUUUAAAAAAGAUUACAUUUUUUUUCAUUUUGUGUUAUAAUUAGAGGAAGAAAAAUGAUAGUUAGGUGGUGGAUAACAGCACUGCAAUUGACAGAGCUGUUUGUGAGUUCUUUGGUUCAUUUGGUUUAUGGGUUUUACGUAUUCAGCACAGCUGUGGCUGGUGACCUUUCUCAGGCUUUAAGCGAUUGUUUUAACAAGAAUAAUGUGGAGGUUAGCUUGAAAUCAGAGGAUUCAAAAGAGAAUCUAACAACUACAAAAGAUCUGCCUCCCAUUGUGUUGGUUCAUGGAAUCUUUGGUUUUGGAAAAGGGAGAUUAGGUGGGCUUUCCUAUUUUGCUGGUGCAGAGAAGAAGGAUGAUAGGGUUCUUGUGCCUGAUUUGGGGUCGCUAACUAGCGUAUAUGACAGGGCUCGUGAGUUGUUUUAUUAUUUGAAAGGAGGGCAGGUUGACUAUGGGGAAGAACACAGUAAAGCUUGUGGGCAUUCCCAAUUUGGACGAAUUUACGAACAAGGGCAUUAUCCAGAAUGGGAUGAAGAUCACCCUAUUCAUUUUGUUGGGCAUUCAGCUGGAGCACAGGUUGUUCGAGUUUUGCAACAAAUGCUAGCUGAUAAGGCGUUUAAGGGUUAUGAGAACACUUGCGAAAACUGGGUCUUAAGCGUCACAGCAUUGUCUGGAGCAUUCAAUGGGACUACAAGAACCUACUUUGAUGGAAUGAAUCCUGAAGAUGGGAAGUCCUUGAGGCCUGUGUCUUUGCUUCAGCUUUGCCGCAUUGGAGUAAUAAUUUAUGAUUGGUUUGACAUUCCUUGGCUAAAGAACUAUUACAACUUUGGGUUUGACCACUUCAACAUAUCCUGGAGAAAAAUUGGAAUAUGGGGUCUUAUUGAUUGCCUCUUGGGUAAUGCUGGUCCAUUUGCUUCAGGGGAUUGGAUACUUCCAGAUCUUACCCUCCAGGGGUCGAUCAAGUUGAACAGCCACUUGCAUACGUUUCCUAACACGUACUACUUCAGCUAUGCUACCAAGCGUACCAGCAAAGUCAUGGGUAUAACAGUCCCUUCUGGCAUACUAGGUAUACAUCCUCUGCUGUUCAUCAGAAUCCUGCAAAUGAGUCUAUGGCGCCAUCCUCCAGAUGUCCCUCCCCCAUACAAGGGCUAUAGGGAUGAGGAUUGGUGGGACAAUGAUGGUGCACUCAACACUAUAUCUAUGACACAUCCUCGUUUCCCUGUUGAGCACCCAAGUCAACUGGUUGUUAAAGAUUCUGAUUGCCAGCCUUUUCUACCUGGCAUCUGGUACUAUAAGAUUGUCGAAGGUGAUCACAUUCUUUUCAUUGUGAAUCGUGAAAGAGCUGGAGUUCAAUUUGAUUUGAUCUAUGACAGCAUAUUUGAGCGUUGCAGGAAGCAUGCCUUCAGAAAGAAUCCGACAAUGCCAAACCAUAUAAUUUAAUAGUUAGCAAAGAUGUUGCUCUUACUAAUGCGCGCUACAAACACUUAAGAGAGUAGAGGUUAAAGAAAAGGGAAUCUGUGAUAUCCAAAUACUCUUCUGGCGCUUCUUGCUUCUUUUUUCAUCAGACAAAAAAACUAUCUUCCCUUUGAAAUGUAAAUGUGAAUAGGCUUGCAGAGGAAAAACUAUUUAGUGUCUAGGCUUGCAGAGGAAAAAUGUGAAUUGAGGAGACAUGACACACUGGUCUCUUGUAUUAUUAAAAACAUAAAGAUAGAUUUUCAGAAGAAUAUAUUAGAGAGGUUUCUGUUUUAACUAUGUGGUGAUCUGCAACAUUUCAAACUUUUACAUAUUGAGCAAAUGCAAUCCACUCUAGAUUAGGAUUUGAA